CCGGAAAUUGGAGAACUACGAGAUUCAACUGAUUAUGUGUACAGUGGUUUAGAAAUAAGCGCAGGAAGAACGCGGUUAGAAAAAUUGGAUAGAGAAGUACAUCCGAAAACGUUGCUCUGUCAUGAUAUGAAAGGUGGCUACCUAGAAGACAGAUUUAUAUAUGGAUCAGAAUCUUAUGAUUCUUACCUAUUUUAUCACUGGAGUGUUAUUGACACUUUUGUGUAUUUUAGUCAUCAUUUCAUAACUGUGCCCCCUUUUGGAUGGAUUAAUGCAGCACAUAAUCAUGGUGUAAAAGUUCUUGGUACUGUAAUUACGGAAGAGAAAGGUAUCUGGGAUGUUAUACUUGAAUCUCAGGAAGAAGUAAGAAGAUUUGCAGAUGCACUAAUACUUGUUGCAAAAUUUUAUAAGUUUGAUGGCUGGUUAUUAAAUAUUGAAAAUACCAUUAAAAGUGAGCAAGUUAAUAAUUUAAUUUAUUUUGUAAAAUAUCUAACAGAAAAUAUUCAUGAAGCAAUUAGAAAUUCUGAAAUUAUAUGGUACGAUGGCGUAACCAAUGAAGGAAAAUUAAAUUGGCAAAAUAAGCUUAACAGUAAAAACAUUUGUUUCCUUAUUUAUAUGUUCAUGUAUCUAUCUACGAAGAAGAGGUAUUCAAAACAUCAUUUUGCCGUGGCAGUGGUAGCAUGUAUUAUCGCUGUGGUCAGAUGCACAUAUUUUAUGCAGGCACUAUAUGAAAGGGAUGGAAACAGAUUUAAACACAAACCAUUUUACAAUUUAUCCCUGCAAAAUCCACAAAUUUCAGUACCUAUACCGCACAUGAAAUUUACAUCAUCGCCUCAACUUCCAGAACCGAAAAGUGAAAACGAUCGAAAUGAGUGUUCAGAAGAACCGAUACAUUAUGUUUAUGAAACGAGGAAGAAUGUUGUUCGAGUAUUAAAAAAUGUUGUAAAUAUUGAAAAUAAAAUGCCAAUGCUAUAUGUAAAUAGCUUCGAAUUUUGCAGCGAGUUCUCUUUCAGAGGUGGUGGUUGCAUAGAAUUAACUACAAAUGAUCUUACAACUAGGUCAUAUCACAGACUAUUUCUCGUUCACAUCGAAUUUCAACAAGACAUUGUAGCAAUCAUUGCUUAUAAAAAAAUGGAGUCGUCCAUAGCAAAUGGAAGUCAACCCGAACCAAUACUAGUUCUCGGCAAUAAUACAGGCUUAAAAUCCAUCGUUCAUUAUAAAUCAAGGAAUUUGGUUGUCAACUGGAAAAGAUGUGUUUACCGAACGAACAUGAGGACUGUGAACGAAAUUGGUAUAUCUUUUGCGAGGAGUAACGUCUGCUAUCUGGGAAAGAUCGUCCUCAAACAAAAGCAUCGACACCUGGACGGUACAACGUCGACUAAAUCUAUCUCUGCAAAUAUUGCCAAUGUUAAAUUUGAUAUUAACAGAGAUGGCCAACAGGAGAUUGAUGUUACAAUAUCUAAAAGUAACUUUAUAUGCGACAUGUUUGAAGGAGGAAAAAAUACAAAUACAGCUUCGUCGAUCUCAGAAAAUAGAAAUAAAUUUCGAAGAAUUGAAGGUGAUGAUGCAAAGGCCGAUGUAAAGCAAGAUUCAGAAAAUCUGAAGAAAGACUCAAUGCCAGAAUUUCCAGCGAUUAAGACUUCUAGUACAAUAGUAGAUACAUUACAUAUUUCUAACGCUUUUAAUGCUCUAACAUUGUCAAAUAAUAAAUACGUAAAAACUGCACAAACACUUGAACCAGUUUCACGUGCAUGCCAAGAAGAAUGGACCGAUAAAUGGAAUAACCUUGAAUUUCCAGCUCCCAAAUCGUCAAUUUUAACACCAGUUACUUUUAGUUUAUCUAAAAAACAAUAUUCAUUUGGUGACACAAGUACGAGUCAGUUUCUUGGUUCUCCAACGUCAGAAAGUAAAGAGUCAGCGCGUGAUAACGCAGAGAGUAGAUCUACGCCUUUCUGUUGGAAAGCAACAACGACAACAACAUUAUCAAGUCCAGCAUUCCAAGUACCUACUGCAGCACAAACUUUGCAUAAAUCUGAAACAUCCAAAUCAUCAAUUUUAAAACCACCUACUUUUAGUUUAUCUAAAAAACAAUAUUCAUUUGGUGACACAAGUACGAGUCAGUUUCUUGGUUCUCCAACGUCAGAAAGUAAAGAGUCAGCGUGUGAUAACGCAGAAAGUAGAUCUACGCCUUUCUGGUGGAAAUCAACAACGACAACAACAUUAUCAAGUCCAGCAUUCCAAGUACCUACUGCAGCACAAACUUUGCAUAAUUCUCGAACAUCCAAAUCAUCAAUUUUAAAACCAGCUACUUUUAGUUUAUCUAAUAAACAAUGUGAAUUUGGUGGCGCAAUUUCACGUAAAUCUUGCACUUCUCCAGUGCUAGAAAAUAAACCUGCAGCUUGCGAUUCAACACCAACAAACCAAAAAGAAACAACAUAUAAUACAACACUCGGGAUGCCAACUGUACGUGGCACAUUGUCAGUGACAUCAGCAGUAUCUGGUGAUAGUACUGUUAGAACGUCUACCGGCGAGUCAACGCCUCUUAUACGUGUACAUCAAAAAUUUAUAUUUAACGUCAUUCCUACUGAACCGGCUGUAAUGCCUGGGACUCGAUUCAAUUUUCCUACGAAUAUGAUACCCCCUGUAUCGACUCAGAUUCAAAUAUCGAUUGAUUCCACCGAUUAUACAUUUAACGGACCUAAUCAGGAACUAGCAGCAUUUCCGCAAUGUCCAACUACAAGUUCAUUUUCUACAUCGCAACCUGUUACCCAAAGUCAACAAUUGUCUACUUCAUCAUCUAUUCCUCUAGAAUGCGCGUUUAAUUUUGAUUCGUCACCAGGAGAUCAUACAGCUGAACCUGGUUCAAUCCAGUCCGAAGGAUUUAAUUUUAAUCCCAAUACUAGACCAUCGUUCCGUUUUAGUGUUUAUGAAUUUAAUGCACCUACUCAAGUACAACGAGAUACUGCGUCUACUCGAGUACAACGAAAUACUGCGUCUACUCUAGUAAAACAAAAUACUGCGUCUACUCUAGUACAACAAAAUACUGCGUCUACUCUAGUACAACAAAAUACUGCCACCAUCAAUUACCGCCCAAUGAUCAGUCCCACUCGAUUACUCAAUCCACGAAAGAUCAGGAAAGCUUUUAGAAGAUUAAAAUAGGAGUCAAGUAACGGCAUUCUUUUUAUACAGUUGCUCAUGAAGGUAUUCAUAUUCUUGCAGAAAACACCUUUUAUGAAUAUACUAUAUGUCUUGAAAGAAACAUUUUGAAAUGUCAUUAGUAUUGUAACAAAAUCCGAUUGUCAUAGCUAUAUUGGUAAAGUUUUUAGCAAAUCUGAAAAUAUACAUAGAUAUUACAAAACACCUAACACAAGUAUGCAGAUAUUUUGUAGAAAUCAAUAAAGUAUUUAAACAGUCAUUUAACAUUUCAUCAAACAUUUUCCAUAUGUAUGAAAUAAGCCUAAAUAUUUACUGGAACCACUUUUGAGAUUUUUUCUAGGCAUACCAAGGAGGCUAUUAAUGCUGUGUGCUAAUCUUUAUUAAAUAUAUGUUUGUAAAUAACUUUUAUGUAUAUUUUCAGAUUGGUUUUUGGCUUUUCUAUCAUAAAAAUAGUAGUUGCAAAAUACUUUUAUGAGCCAUUGUAUCUAUUUCAUACAAUCGUGAGAAAACAAGUCGAAGACGCUUCGUUUUCGAAGAAAAAAGAAAAAAGAAAAAAGAAACGAUUUUGAACAUUUUCUCGAUGCUGCUAUACGCACAUACUCUUUAUGAUAUAUCAAUUCUUGGAUCAAUAACGAACUUUCAUUAUUGAUGAGCUGCUGCUAGUGGAUGAGGAAACUUAAUAAAAUAUCGAAUGUCUGCAAUUUAUUGAGAAUAACGAGUUUAUGUGGGUAACAGAUAUAUCCUUUCAUUAAGCAUAGGUCUUAUAUAACUCGUUUAUAGUUGAGAAGAAAAAUACUAAUCAGUACUAAUUAAAUUCAUGAAUUAAUAACUUUUUUUUUGUAACGAAAGAAAUGUUGCGAUGCAUAAUGUACAAUGUAUUGAAUUUGCUUCAUACAUUUAAUUGAUUCUGAACAAUUAUCUUUGCUUCAUUAUUUUUGAAUAAAUUCAGUAUUUACAACUUAAUAAUUGUAAUAAAAUUAUAUCAUUCAGAUAAUAAGAAAACGCGUAAUAAUAAUUAUUACGAUGCAAAAAA